UUACGUUUAAUGAUAAAAAAUGUACUCUUGGAUCAAUUGGUAUGGCUCAGAUAACGAAACUAGAAAAUCAGUUCAAGCUGCGUCAGUUUCCGUCUGGGAUCCCGGAGGGGUUGACCCGCUGCUUGAAGCUGUUGAAGAGCGGGGAGUGGGAGCAAGAGGUUGAAGGGUUGGAACUACUCAACUCAUUAGCUCAGCAGGCUCCUCAGGCCCUAAUAAAUGAAGAAAAGCAGGUUCGAAAUCAGCUUCUUCUUCAGAUAAAAAAUCUUAGAUCACAGGUUACCAGAUCAGCCUGCCAGUGUGCUGCAACCCUGUUUCUCCACCUGGGUCGGGAUAUGGAGCCAGACCUGGAGAAGGUUGUUCGAGAACUCCUGGUCAAAUCAUCAGAUACUAACAAAUUUAUUAGAUCGGAUGCUAUGAUUGCCCUGGAGGUGAUGGCUGAGAACGUGAGCGUGAACAAGGCAGUCCUCACCAUGUUCAAUCUGGGCAGGGACAACAAAAGCCCCGUCAUUAGAACAAAUAUGACAAAGAUAAUAGACAUUGUCAUAACCAGGUUGGGAGCUGAACGAUUAAUGGGGAGCAGUGAGGAGCUCCAAGAAGCUAUAUUUAAGGAAGGAAGUAAACUGCUAACAGAUGGUAGUCUUGAUGUUAGACAACACGCUAAGCAUAUGUGGAGUGAGAUCUCUGAGCAUCAGAAUACUGGGAAACUACUCGAGAAGUAUUUAGAACCUGGAGAACUAAGAGCUGUUAACAAGGUUCUUGAUGGAUUGCAUUAAAACCUUGAAAUAUUUUAUGUUCCAAUAUCUAUCAGAAUUCAAUAUAUAUUCUUUCUUUGUCCUAA